AUGAAGGCGGGCUCCCAGCCCCGCCUCCCCCCUCCAAGGUUCCUAGGUGCCAGUCCCGUCCUGUCCCGGACCGCCCCGCCCCUCCCCGCCCCGCCCCGGAAUUCCUCCCGCUCGGGGUCCGCGGGGAUCCCUCUCCCGGCUCGGCUUGGCUCGGUUCGGCCCCGCCCGUCCCGGAAUUCCCCCAGCCCGGGGGCCUGGACGCAGCCCACCGGGCCCCGUCCGGACCGUCCCCCAGCGUUUUCUGGAGUGAGGGCGGCCGCGGGGGCCCGCACUUACGCUCCUGCAGCGGCUCUGGUCUCUGCUUCCCGGCGCCCGCCGUCCGGUCCUCCUCCUCCUCUGUCCGCCGUCCGCUCCUCGCUGCCCGCCGUCCGGUCCUCUGUGCCCGCCGUCCGGUCCGCCGCCCGCCCCGCCGGGCCGUCCAUGCCCAUGCAAGACCAACGCGAGUCCCGUCAGGCGGGGGCCUGGGGGAAGGGCAUCGCCGCCAUCAUCUCCAGCAAUCAAAAGAAACUUAGGAACCCAUUCUUAUGGAUUGGUCUUCUGAUUUGUUUGUUAAUCUUUUCCAUUCUCCCCUUUUAUCCAGGAUUGCGAGCUGGCUGUCCCAUCUGCCCCUCGGAACCGUGUCCAUCAGAGGCCUGGCAGUAUCAUCAAAGGAAGUGCUAUUUCCUCUCUGAGGAUCAAGGGCAGUGGACGGAGGGACAACAGGCCUGCUCCUCUCAGGGAGCAUCCCUUGCUGUGAUUGAAGAUGAGAGAGAGCUGACCACUCUAAGAAAACUCAUGUUUAAGAAAGAAUGUUGGAUUGGGCUUCGCAGGAAUGAGAGCUAUUUCUUCUGGGUGAAUGGCACUAAGCUGGACUCGGAAAGGUUCCAAGUGGAAGACCAUGCAGACUGUGCCUAUAUCACUCCAUCCACUGUGUCUACCUCAUCCUGUGAGAUGCGCAGGAACUGGAUCUGCAGCUGCCGGCCUUUCCAAUCUCCCAGGUCCAUCCAUCAAACAAGAUCUCCUCCGAACACCAAAUGAUUGUCAAGAGACCAAGCAAAGUAAUUUUCUCUUAAAGCUAGUUAUUAUUAAUAAUAAUAGUAAUUAUGGUAUUUAUUAAGGACUUCUUAUUUGCUGGCAUGGGUCCACCACAGAUCAGACAGUCACUGUCCUUCAUGGGGCUCACAGUGUAAGUUGGGAGAAACAGGUAUUUAGUUCCCUUUUUGCAGAUGAGAAAAUUGAGGUACAGAGAGGUUGUGUCUUGUCCUAGGGUUUCAUUAUUCCUCUGUGAUAUUUAAGUGCUUACUAUGUGCCAGGCACCUUACUAAACUCUGGGGUAAAUACAAAGCUAAUGAGAUUGGACACAGUCCCUGUCCCACAUGGGCUUCACAGUCAUAAUCCCCAUUUUACAGAUGCAGUAACUGAGGCAUAGAGAAAUGAAGUGAUUUGCCCAAGCUGCAGAGCCUACCAAGUACCCAAGCCCUCCGACUCCCACGCAUGUGUCCUGAUCACCAGACACAACAGUUCAGAGGCAGAGCCAGGACUUGAACCUGGGACUCCUAACUCCCAGGCCCAUUCUCUUUCUAUUACACUGUACUAUCU